CAAUUUAAUAAACGGGCCCAAGGCCCAUAAUCCACAUACGCUUCUUAGAUACUGAUUAUUUAGGGUUUGUUCCUCUCCUCUUUUCUUUGAUAACAGCCGCACCAUCACUCUCUCCACUCCGUAGCUGCUGCGAAGAAGGAGAAAUUUGAAAAUGGCGAGAGGUUUGAAGAAGCAUUUGAAGAGGCUCAAUGCCCCCAAGCAUUGGAUGCUUGACAAAUUGGGUGGUGCUUUUGCUCCUAAACCCUCAUCUGGACCACACAAGUCCAGGGAAUGUCUCCCACUCAUUCUGAUCUUGCGAAACAGAUUGAAGUAUGCUCUAACAUACCGUGAAGUCAUUGCUAUUCUGAUGCAACGACAUGUCCUUGUUGAUGGCAAAGUCAGGACUGACAAGACUUAUCCAGCUGGAUUCAUGGAUGUUGUUUCAAUCCCCAAGACAAAUGAGAGCUUUCGUCUGCUGUAUGACACCAAGGGCCGUUUCCGUCUCCAUUCAGUCAGAGAUGAUGAGGCAAAGUUUAAGCUGUGCAAGGUGCGUUCAGUGCAAUUUGGGCAGAAAGGUAUCCCAUACCUGAACACCUAUGAUGGUCGCACUAUCCGCUACCCUGACCCAGUCAUCAGGGCUAAUGACACAAUCAAGCUGGACCUUGAGGAAAACAAGAUUGUCGAUUUCAUCAAAUUCGAUGUUGGGAAUGUAGUGAUGGUUACUGGUGGUAAGAAUAGGGGGCGUGUUGGAGUGAUCAAGAACAGAGAAAAGCAUAAGGGAACCUUUGAGACAAUCCACGUUCAGGAUGCCACUGGUCAUGAGUUUGCAACUCGUCUGGUCAAUGUGUUCACUAUUGGCAAGGGGACAAAGCCAUGGGUAUCUCUUCCCAAGGGUAAGGGUAUUAAAUUAACUGUCAUUGAGGAAGCUAGGAAGAGGGCUGCUGCAGCUCAGCAAGCAGUUGCUGCUUAAACAUCUAUGCAAUGAAUUUAUAAUAGACUCGAGUGUUUUGUAGUAGUUUUUAUUCAACUUUGUUGCUUUGAAUUUCUUCUAUCAAUUUUGGUUUUGAAUGACUUUUAAAAUAUGAGCAACUUUAGUUCACAUCCUCUACUUAUAGUCCUUUUUCUGGUUAUUAUUAUUCAAGCUUAAUAUUGGUAAUGGAA